CGCGGGUAAACGUUUAGAAAAUUUAUCAUUUUGUGAGAAGUCAUCUGUUUUAAUAAAUAGUAUGCCUAUGUAAUGUAUUAAUUCAUCUCAUUACACGUUUUUAAAUUUUCCUUUAGGGCGGUAACACGGAUAACACUAGAUACAAAAUAUCUGAUGUAAAAUAUUGCAGAUGGCGGGUAAAUCACACCCUGCUUUCAAAAGAGCAAGACUGGAAACUAGUAAAACUAAUCGGGUUCAACGCAUCCAUGCACAUCUUUUCAACCACAAAGAACUUGUAUGCAAAGCUUUAGAACAAUUAGAAUCUGAUUGGGCAGGCUUUUGUUUUGUGAAAAUUCUAUUUUGCAAUGCUGAUAAAUCGUGUAGUUUUGACAGAGCCUAUUGCGAAACAAGGAGGAACGUUCAGGAAAAUGAUGCUGACAAGCGACGUGUGAUAUGGAUACCUGACCUAUUCAGUGUGUCAACAGUCCAGGGAUUCCUUGAUAAUUAUGAAGGUAUUGGGGAUCAAUUGCUGCAUAAACAUUUAACUGCUUUUGAAAAACUUGCUAAGUUUUUGGACACUAUUUCAGAUACAAAUAAAGUUCUGCAUAAACAGUUGAGGGAUGAAUCUUUGGAAGAAGGACAAUGGGCAACAAUAUUUGCAACUCACGUAAUAAGAAAGCUUGCAGUCUACAGUGAGAUGAUAGUUGAUUCUAGUAGUUCAGGCGUAACAUUAGAUUCAAGUAGUUCAGACUUAGCAGAAUGUCCUUGUGAAUGUAAAACAGUAAUAAAAAUUGGCGACAAUAGCAUGGGUCAUGAGAACGUUUGGCAUGGUAGUGUAAGCAUUGUACUUGGACCACGGACAGCUUCAACUCCUGUAUCGUUGGAUGAUUAUGGAUUUUCAGAGAUUUGUAACUCUGCAUUCGAUUUUAGGAGUGGGGAACUGGAAAAGUCGCAGAAUCAAUAUAUUUCAGAGAGCAUAAUAUUCGCUUUUGCUAUGCGGGGCAGAGUUGUUCCAUUAGUUGCAAUAUCAAAAACAUGCUUCAAAAUUUAUAUGUACAACAGAGUUAAUGAUUUACUUUACGAAUCGACAACAAUGCCAUUAUUCGUUGAGUCAGUAGAUGGGAGAGAACUUAACCAAACAUCUCUUAUUUUUUUGUGGAUGGUCAUUAAUCAGAGCUACUUCUUUAAAGGUGUACAAACUUCCCAUGUAGAGUUUAAUUACAAAGCCAAUUUACAAGAUUUUCUUGGAGAGAAGCGUGACAUAUAUCAAAAUCACAUACAAAUUGGUGGCUUAAGGCAUGUUGGAGAUAGACUUGUUAAAUUUAUAGCAGGAAUGAAUAAAGGAAAGUUUCUAAGAUUUUAAAGACCAAUGUUUUAUCUAUAGAUUAUACCCUGAACAAGUGACUAGUCAAAUGCAGGCUUUUUCCCAUCUAAUGCCAUGGUAGGAACAAAGAUUUUCAUGUAUGUUUAUGCACUAUUGUUCGUGAUAGAGUGAUCAUUGCUGUGCACUUAUAAUCAAUAUAUUUACAAAGUUAUAACUGUAAAAGUUGUUUGUAGCACAAGAUAAGA